AACGGUGAUGUUACCCAUCCCAUGACUUAUUGCGAACUUGGACUAGAUUUCAUUACAGUGUUGAGAAGAAAGAAUUUACAAGGCUAUAAAAUGCUCAAACUUUGACAUAUCUCACCAUUAUCAUCAUUCUUUCCAGUCUCUCAAGCUCAUCGUCUACUCCCCUUGAUUUUAUCGCUCUGCAUUUGCUGAAAAUGUCUUCUCAAACCACUCCAAUCUUAGGUUUCAAGAAGGGCCUUCUUGUGCUUGACACGUCCGCAGACGCCAAAGGUGCACCGCGAAACAGACAACGUGUACUCAUCGUCGGUGGAGGCGUAACUGGUCUAACGACUGCCUGGAUGUUGCUUGAUGCAGGAUACGAUGUCACCAUCGUGUCAGAGCAAUGGGCGCCGGCGACACCUCGUAUCACCUCUCAGAUCGCCGGAGCGUUGUGGGAAUAUCCUCCAGCCGUCUGUGGCCAGCACACAGACGCAAAGUCCUUGGCGUUGUCCAAAGGGUGGUCAUUGGCAUCCUACCGUGUUUUCGACCAGCUAAGCAAAUUCCUGCCCGCCAUCAAGAUGCGCACCGCCAAUUUCUUCUUCGGAAAACCGAUCGAGGACCUCCUUGAUCAAUUGCGCAAGAUGCGCGAGAUAGAAGCGUCUUGCAUUAAAGGCUUUGUCCGGGACCCCGACUUGAUUGCGAAACACGCAGUCAACCAGAAUGCUGGCGUUGUCGAUGCAUACUCCCAUCUGGCUCCUGUCAUCGACACAGACGCAUACAUGGCGAGUCUUGUCUGGCUUCAUGAUCUGGUCGAGGUGAAAGGCGCGGAAUUGAUCACUCGCCGCAUCGAUGGCGAUCUCUUGGACUCGGAGGCGAAGCUACUCGAGACGUACGGUGCGGUUGCAAUUGUCAACGCGACUGGCCUCAAUUCGUUCGAGGCUGCAGGAGACAAGUCUUGCUACCCCCUACGUGGUGGAUUAAUCCGACUCGUCAACGACGGGAAGCGGUUCGCCAAGGUUACGGAAGCCCUCGCUGUGACUCACGACAACGAACUGAGCUCGGAGCAUGAAGAUAUCGUGUUCAUAGUUCCUCGAAACGACAACAUCCUUAUCCUCGGUGGAAUCGCUCAGCCUCACAAAUGGGAGCUUGACUUCACCAUGGAGUCGCCUGAGAUCCAGCGUAUGCGUGAGCGAUGCAACAAGUUUGUUCCUGGACUGGAGAAUGCAGAAUUUGACCCUGUAGCGCCUGUGGUUCAAGGUCUGCGACCGACGCGGGUAGGGAAUGUGCGGGUAGAGCGGGAGCUGCGGUCGAAUCGGAUGCAUGGUGGAUUCAGCAGCAUUAUUCAUUCGUACGGCCAAGGAGGCUCUGGUUUCUCGUUCUCUGUUGGGUGUGCGGUGGAUGUUCUGCACUUGAUUGACAAAGUGGUGCUUGAAAGGACGGCUGGGAACUUCAAUGUCACGGUGGAAAUGCAUCGUGCUAAUUUGUAG